GAGAUGGAGAAUCCAAUUGUGAUGGUGCUGGAAAAGAUGGGCUGGGACGGGAUGAGUAUCCCUGUGGCCAGUGAGGAGAACCGUCAGCUCAUGGAGGAGAUCAACGGGUUGAUAAGGGAGAAAGACGCGAAAGGUGUGAGAGUUCAGGAUGAGGAUGUGAGACUGAAGAGCCUUAGGGCUCACUUUCAUCACUCAGAGCAGGAAGUCGUGGAGAAUCUGAAACUGUUGAAUGGGCAGCGAGUUCAUCUGGAAAAUGAGAAUCACUGGCUGAAGUUGAAUGAGAAUGAGGAUUCGCAUCUUCAGAGGGAUAUCAAGACGUCAUAUCAAGAUUUAAAUGACGUGAACGAUCGCCAAGAGAUCACACAGAAGGAUCUGAAUCGGAUGAAGCGCAGCAUUGAUCACUUUGAGGGGCAGAUUUCAUGGAUCAGGGAAGCUCUGAAGGAGUGGAAUGAAGUGACUGCCCGUGGCGAGGCUACCAACAAACUAAUUGAGCGCUACUGUAAACAGGACGCCUCCCGGGCCAACACUCUUGAAGCAAAGAGGCAUCUUUUGCAGCGCAACAUUGUCAAGCAGCGGGAGAGACUUGUUGCGUGCGAGGAACAGCAAAAGUCCCUGGAGAUGGUGCUGGAGAGAACGGCUCAGCUGUACCAACAGGGAAAUGCCGAGAGGAGGACUCUGAUAGCCACAUGGAAGGAGGCUUGCCUGCAGAUGAGCCAGCGCGAGAGGGAGAUUGAAGAAGCCGAGCGGGAUCUGCAGUACACGCGUGAGAUCACGAAGAAGAAGGAAAAACGAUCAGAGGAUCUCUCGGGAAACCUAGAGAGUCACGCUGCCAAGGCAGGAGAGAUUCAGCAAGAGAUUGCAGAGCUCAAUGUGAAGAUCUCCGAUGACAGGAGUCGUCUGACGAAUCUCACCGAUGCUCUGGCACUGAAAGUCAGCGAAAUGGAGAGUCUGCGGAAGUCCCUGGUGUCCAUGAGUCAGGAGUUGCAGAGACAGCGCCAGAAGAAUCGCCAGUGGCUGAGUGAGAAGAACACGAAGGAGAACCUCCUGAUUGACUGGCAGAACAUUUAUGAGGAUCUCUCGAAGCGCCACGAGGCUUUCAGGAGCAAGAAGUACAAUGCCGACGAGAGAUUGAGACAACUCGAGGAGCUGUACGAAGUGGAGGAGAAGAACAUCAAGAUCCUCUCUGGGGAGACCAACAAGCUCACCACGGCCAUCUUCAAGACCCAACAGCACCUCAGUGAGCUCCAGGGCGAGGAGAAGGUGCGCGACAUGGAGAUUCAGGGCCUCGAGGGGACAAUAAAGCGGAUGAGGGCGUUUGCCAGGAGCCAAACGACUGAGAUUGGCCGGCAGACAGCCAUUCUCUAUCACCUGGACUUUGAGAUUCAGCAAACUCUGGCGCGCAUUGACAACAUGAGCGGAAAGUCUGUGGAAUUGGACACGGAUUGUGUGGAGAAAAUCCAGCAACAGGAGGAAAUCCUGGCCAGGAAGAAGAGAACUCAUCUUCUCUUGCAAUCCCAAAUCAACAACAUUGAGGAGAGUCGCAAGAGACUGGAUUAUGUCUUCAACUGCGACGCCCAGGAGUUGGAAAGACUUGCUAGUCGCCUCAAGGAGACACAGCUGAGGUGUGAGAGUGGCGAGAAGAGCAUCCGUCAUGUGACUGUGGCAAACCAAGAGAAGCUGGUGGAGCAGAGCAUUCUCAAGAUGAAGGUGCAGCAAUUCGAGAGACAACUAGAGAAUCAAUCUGAGAGGAGAUUCAACUUCGAAAGGCAUCGUUUGGGACUCGAAGCGGCCAUCAAUCAACGCUUCCUGGACAUUGAGGCGCACAAGAAGCUGCUCUGGGCCAAGAAAAAGCAUUUCAGUGACGAGAGACAGCAUCUCAGGGCAGAAGUUGGUGACAGAAGUGUGAAGAUUGAGACCCUGAAGAAGAGAUAUCAACUGAUUGAAGACGUCUUGAGGCGAAAUGAGGACGGCAGUGCAAUGACUCCCAUUCAGAUUCGCAUUAGAGCGGCCCAGGAGAAGCAGAUCCUGCUCAAGGAGGGCAAUGAACUCAACGCUAAGGUCCUGAAGGCCGAGGCGGACAUCAAAGCCAUGGAGAACACAGUGAGACUCGUGAAUCUGGCCAAUGAGAACUAUAAGAGGAACUUCGUGACUGUUGAGGAAGACAGUCCUUUCUUGCAGGAGUUGGAGAACCUCCAGGAUGCGUACUUUCAGGCAGUGAGGAAGCUCAAGAACCUCCGCGGGAAUUUGGUGUUUAAAUCUGACCAAUUGGAGACAUUGAAUGGCCAGAAAGAGCAUCUCGAAAGGGAACUUGAGGAAGUGUCUCGAGAAAAGGGCGAUCGAAAUGACGUUCUGAUGAAAGUGCACAAGGAACUUCUUGAGCAAAAGGUGAAGCUCCAUCGAGCUGAGCGGGAGAUGAAACAGGCCUUCAAGGCGGCCAAACUGAAGAUCAAUGAUUCCGACUUCCUCACCAUUCAAGAGCGUGACUUCACUGCCCGGGAGUUGGAGGAGCAGAACUCAUCGGCUCUGCAGCAAUUGGCGGAUCUCGUGGAGGCGAAUCCUGGCCUGGGACCAGCGGUGUCUAAGUAUCUCCUGGACAAGGGCCUCUCGAUGCCCACAAGUCGCGCUAAGAGCCAAACAUCCUGGAAGAGUGAUCGAUCGGACAACAUUGACUACCAGACAGUCAAGCCAAUCUCAAUCGGCUCCCCAGCGUCCUCUGUUUCGGGCAAAAGCGCAGUCGCCGGACCGGCAAUCGUCAUGAUAGACUUCCCAGAGAGUGUGGACACCCAGGCGAAAGCAACGGUGUCCAGGAAGUCCUCCUCCAAGUGUUCAGCCCAGUCGCGCAAUCAAAACUAG